CAUCCUCUACGUCGCAGCAAAGCCUGACGGGUAGCCUCCCGACGUCCUUGUCCUACCAAGCGCACACUGACUGCCUUCACGCAAGGGCUUGGGGAUCCCUGUCAUUCACUCGUGCUUCACAAAAAUAACAUUUUCAAGGAUGAUGGCAGCAAGAUUUCUCCGCCGUGCUCUGCCUGUGCUGAGGCAGAGUCGCUGCUACGCCGAGGCCGCCUCCGGUGCCCCGCAGAUGUCCUUCACGUUCGCCUCACCAACACAGGUUUAUUUCAAAGAGGCCAGUGUGAAACAGGUGGAUGUCCCCACGCUCACCGGUGCAUUCGGUAUCCUUCCUGCCCACGUACCCACCCUGCAGGUGCUCCGGCCUGGUGUUGUCACAGUCUUUAAUGAGGAUGGCUCUUCUGCCAAAUACUUCGUGAGCAGUGGGUCCGUAACGGUCAAUGCUGAUUCUUCUGUGCAACUGCUUGCAGAGGAAGCUUUUCCCCUCGAUCAGCUGGAUAUUGCAGCAGCCAGAGCCAACCUAGAGAAGGCCCAGGCUGAUUUGGCUGGAACAACGGACGAGGCAGCGAGGGCAGAAGCUCAGAUCGGCAUAGAGGCCAAUGAAGCCCUUGUCAAGGCUCUGGAGUAGACUUGUGGUAAUCUUUUCUGUUGUUUGGAUGGAAAUCGACAGCCCAUCUGUGUUUCCGGCUCAGUCACGUCAGCGUCCAGAAGAUUCCAUGCUUGCUUUGUACAGGGGAUGAAAUUAAAAAUAAAUUUAUUUGGAAUUA